GACGGCUAGCUGUUCCUCGCUUUCCGACCUCUAUGCGGUCCAGUGAAAAUAUUAGAAACCUGAGAAUCUGUCAAGUUGAAGCCUAAGGUUUCCUAGCACGUGGAAAUCUAUUUUUCGCCUUUUCCCAAAGUCCACGGGGAUGUUUGGAUUACCCCAGUCUCUAGGCGACGAUAAGCCGGAACCGGAAAUGCCCUGCACGCGCCAGCCUCCGGCGGACGUCGCCAUGGCUGCCCGGGAGGAGGUGCUGGCUCUACAGGCUCAGGUUGCCCAGCGUGAGGAGGAGCUGGAGUCCCUGAAACAGAGGCUGGCGGCGGCUCUGGCGGCGGAGCGGGAACCGGAGUCGGAGCAGCCGGCGCCGGUGUCGCCGCUGCCGCCCAGGGCGUCCCUGUCGCGAGACGAGAUCCUGCGCUACAGCCGGCAGCUGGUGCUGCCCGAGCUGGGCGUGCAGGGCCAGCUGCGCCUGGCGGCCGCGUCCGUGCUCAUCGUCGGCUGCGGGGGGCUCGGCUGCCCGCUGGCGCAGUACCUGGCGGCGGCCGGCGUGGGCCGCCUCGGCCUGGUGGACUACGACGUGGUGGAGAUGAGCAACCUGGCCCGCCAGGUGCUGCACGACGAGGCGCUGGCCGGCCAGGCCAAAGUCUUUUCGGCUGCCGCUUCGCUGCGCUGCCUCAACUCGGCCGUGGAGUGCGUGCCCUACGCCCAGGCCCUCACCGCGGCCACGGCGCUCGACCUGGUCCGGCGCUACGACGUGGUGGCCGACUGCUCCGACAACGCGCCCACUCGCUACCUGGUGAGCGACGCCUGUGUGCUGGCCGGCCGGCCCCUGGUGUCGGCCAGCGCCCUGCGCUUCGAGGGCCAGAUCACGGUGUACCACUACGGCGGCGGGCCGUGCUACCGCUGCGUGUUCCCGCAGCCGCCCCCGGCCGACACGGUGACGAGCUGCGCCGACGGCGGCGUGCUGGGCGUGGUGACCGGCGUCCUGGGCUGCCUGCAGGCGCUGGAGGUGCUGAAGAUCGCCGCGGGGCUGGGCCCCUCCUACAGCGGCCGCCUGCUGCUCUUCGACGCGCUCUCGGGGUGCUUCCGCUGCGUCCGGCUGCGGGGCCGCAGGCCCGACUGCGCGGCCUGUGGGGAGCGGCCCACGGUGACCGCCCUGCAGGACUACGAAGCCCUCUGUGGCUCGUCGGCCACCGAGAAGUGCCGCUCCCUGCAGCUCCUGGGCCCCGAGGAGCGCAUUUCCGUGACCGACUACAAGCGGCUCCUGGAUGCCGGGGCGCCGCACCUGCUGCUGGACGUCCGGCCGCGAGUGGAGGUGGACAUCUGUCGCCUGCCGCAUGCGCUGCACGUGCCCUUGACGCUGCUGGAGCGCAGGGACGCGGAGAGCCUGCGGCUGCUCGGGGACGCCAUCCGCGAGCAGGGCCGGGCCGUCCCGGAGGGCGCGGCGCUCCGCGUGUACGUGAUCUGCAAACUGGGCAACGACUCGCAGAAGGCCGUGAGGCUCCUGCAGGCCCUGCCGCGAGUGCCGGAGCUGGCCUCGCUGAGGGUGCAGGACGUGGCGGGCGGGCUCAUGGCCUGGGCCGCCAAGGUGGACGGCUCCUUCCCGCAGUACUGAGCGCCCGCUCGAGGCGAGGGCGAGGGGUGCGCAGCCGCGGGCCGCCGGGAUGCGGCUGGGUUCUCUUCUGGGAUGCAGCCAGGGCCUGGGUUCCGCAGCAUCGAAUGGGCGGAGCCGGUCACCGGGCUUCCGGCCGCAGCGGCUGGGAGGGUGUAGGGGCUGUGACUGUUUCCGGGAGGGGCCCUGAACGUGGGAAAUGCACCGUGACACCGGGUUUGUAUUCCGAACUGCACAUCGUUUUUGUCUGCCUGCUGCUGAUCGAAAAGCGCUCUGAACUGUCCGUCUGAGGCCUGGAGCGAAGCUGUGAGCUGGGCUCACCGAGCUGACCACAGAAGGCGUGUGCUCAGGGCAGUGUCAGGCGUUCGCGGGGUCUGGUCUCUAAUUCAGACGUCAGGUUUCGUUCAUGGGUUGUCUUCUCCGGGAAGUGGUCCUCCUGCCGGACAUUUGAAUCAGUGUGGAAGGGAGAUCUUUCCAGUUCAGUGAAUUACAGGAAGCCGUUUGCCUGUCAGUUUCGCUUAUGAAUUGCCAACUUGCCUUAAAGUUCGCUCAGGGUCCACCCUGUGUUCACGCAGUCACAUUUUGUUUGCUCUGUGGUUUGCUUUGGGAUCUUCCAGGCAGUGUCUCAGCCCUCCCCCCUUCCAUCCGCCUUUCCUGUUCUGACUCUUACCCGAACAUUUCACAGCAGUGUAAGUACAGGUGUUUCUGUGGGCCACGUCAAACCACACUUUCAUGAACUGGGAGACGCCCAGCUCCUCGUGUGUACAGCAAAUUCGAAGUCUGGUGCAUGAGUGAGCCGGCGGCUGUCAGUCUUCUCAGCUGCUUAUUGUGAGCGGCCCGUGGUCAGAUUUCUUUUUCUAAAGAGAAGCAGGAACUCGGAGAACUGAAAUCCCGUGUGUCCGCCAGCAAAGCUUUCAAAUGUCUAAAGCCUUGUGGGCGGAUUCACUCACUAGCUUAUUCACUCACUAGUUAUUGGUUUGGAUAGGUCGACUUGUGGGGCCUCUUCAGAAUAACAUUCAAUCCAAAACCUGAAUGGUGAGCUGGAGCCAGUUAUGAAAAUCUGGGAGAACAAUCCUGGGGAGAGAGACAAGUGUGAGAGCCCAGCGCAAAUACCGAGCUGUCCCGGCAAGUAUAGAGGCAAGGUGGGCUGUGGGGCCGCUGGGGAGGCCGUGGGCCAUGGCGGGAGUCUGCUUCCAUUCUGAGUAAUGGCUGACGUCUGUGUGGGCAGCUGUUGAAUCCAGAAGCACCGCUUCCAGAGCCCACAGCCCACAGCCCACAGCCCAGGCACUUCACUCCCAGCAGGACUUUGUGUUUCUCUGUCGUGAGACAGUCUGUGCUUGCAUGAUGACAGACAGAGCUCUUGUGCACACACCAGAAAUGCCCCUGGGUACACGUGCACAGACCUCUGCCCCCCGAGUGGAGUCCCAGAGCCCCCCAUCCAGCGUCGGUCAAGGGAGGGCAGCGUUCUCCCGGAAGCUUGUCCGUUUCUGAGGACCCCCACACGCCUGAGGUCAGCUGUGUGACCCAGUUUGCUGUACUCAGAAGAUGGCCUUUGUACACUGUGUCAUCUCACAGCCCCGUAGGUUAGUGGAGGUAACAAACUCUUGUCAUUGGAAGUCUUGCGUCUGUCUGCGUUGUUUCAGGAUAAUUCUGCGGUCGGUUUGGAAUGUUAGGAAAACCACUACAGUGUGGGAGUGGGAAAGCAUUUUGCAAAUAAAGUGGUGCCAGGGUUAAUUCCUA